AUGUUCAAUAUUUUGUUUUGUAAACCUCUCCAGGCAUAUGAUGAGAUUGGCCCUAUCAUGAGCCAACUAUUUUACAUUGAAGGAAAGAAUGAUAUUCCCAACGUUCUCAACUACACUGGUCCUUUUGGAAGCAAACGAGAGUUGGUUUGUACUUUAAUCCGUAAAGAAAAGCAAUUUUUUACAAUUUAUGGUGUAAAAAAACUUGUCGAGGAAUUUAAUUAUGUGAGACAGGGACAGAUGCAAAAAUGCGAUUGGAAGAUCAUUCAUGGUGAUUUUGAUGAGCAAAAUAUAUUAGUUGUAUCCUUCUUGGAUAUGAGAACCAGAGGAUCCAUACCUCAUAAUGAUGCAGAAGUGGAAAAGAAUCGGAAAAAGAAAGAGCUAAGAGAUUACUUCCAUCAAGAAAUGGUGGCAAAAUUUGGGGUGGGAGACAUAAGUGGGCAAAUACUGGACAGAAGAGAGCAAGAUGAAAUAAUCGUAGAUUUGGAAGAUAUGUUUACGCGUAUGGUUCACAGAUUUGAUAGUCUUGAAAACUUGCUACCAACGAAAUCUAAGAAUAUUACUGCAUGUGCAGCCAUCAACUGUGUUGAAGAUCUUGUACUCGUAAGAGGAGCUGAAAUAAUUCCUACCAAAUGGUGA